UAUGGUAACAAUCAUCCGCACUUCUUUUCGGGUUCAUUACAAGAAGCAGUACGCGAAGCAUUCGAAGCACCAGGGCGAGAAGCUGCGGAACGGCGUCCACUUGCUGUUUAUCUUCACAGCGAUCAUUCUGUUGCGUGCAAUAUUUUUGCGAAAAAUGUUCUUUGUUCGGAUGUUGUCGCAUCGUUGCUGAAAGGGCAAUUCGUGACAUGGCCCUGGGAUAUGACUCAGAAAGAAAAUCGACAAAAACUCUUCGAAUGGAUGGAUGCAUUGAAUAUUCGUGACGUCAAACGAAGCUUGGACAAAAUGUCGAGUGAUCGUUUUCCACUUCUGGUUAUUCUCCUCAAAGAAAAAGGCGUUAUUCAACCGUAUGAUAUUGCAUGGGGAACUGAAGGUACUGAACAGGUAGUGGAUAAGUUGAUGGAAGGGCUUGACGAUUAUCAGCGUAUCAAGAAUGCAGAAGCUGCUGAAGAAAGGGAAGAAAUCAGACAGGAGCAAGCCCGAGAAUAUGAGCGGUCGUUAGCGGAAGACAGAGCACGUCAGGAAAAACUGGAGCGUGAGAGAAUUGAACAGAUAGCUGAAGAAGAGCGUCGAAUAAAGGAAGAGCAAGACAAAACAAGGCGUUUACAAGAAUUAGCUGCAUCUUUGCCAGAAGAACCUCCGAACGGGGAAAGCAAUGUUGCAACGGUGCGAGCACGUUUACCGGAUGGAAGAAAAUGUUUGCCGGAAGUCAGUAUGCUUCUGAAGCAACCCUCGAAACAAACCAGAGUCAUCGAAUGAUUUCGAAUGGCUGAACCACUUCGUAAUGUCACAGUGUUUAUUGAAUCGAUGGGAUACCCACUUGAUAGAUAUCGGAUUUGGACUUCAGAUUUACCAAAGAAAAAUGUGCUGGAAACAUAUGAUCUCAGUCGCACAUUAGCCGAUGUGAAAUGGCCUGUUCGUGAACAGAUCACUGUUGAUGAGAAGUAG